GCAGGAGGACCGCCCUAAUGAAACUCCUUGCGACGUGGAAUUCGGCACUCGUGCCAGACUUUAAUCUUUUCUUCUUCUUUUUACUCCCUUUUGUUUUAUUCUUUCAGGGAGACUAACGAGAUACUCUUGGACUCCGCCUACAAACAACGUAGACACGUGGUGAUCAUCCACUAGGAGUACGAAGGGCCAUUUGGAUUGAUUAAACGCUAAACUGAUAAUAGAGAUUACGUGUAAUAGUUAGUGCAGCGUGACAAGGCAACGCCUUGGUGAGGUCUAUUUAAAAUAUUUCAUUCAAUUUUCACCGUGAAAUAUUUCCAAACGUUGAUAAACCAAAAGACAGAACAGCUGUGACAUUCUGGUAAUUCAUACAGUUGGAGCUACAAAGUUAUAGAGCAUCUCCAAAUGAUGCAAUAGAAUAAUAGUAAUAAUAGGAUACUAUGGUUAGAGCUAAGAGUCAUAAAUGUUAAGAGUUCUAUAUAUAAGUUACAAUUGAAACACCCAGGCAAAGUAAGGUAUGUACGUCAGCACAAGAAAGGUAAACAGUACCAGGUAAAUGUAGCUUGACGAAAUUUUUUAAGCACGUAAAACACAUUCUACCUCGGGUAAUCACUACGUUUUAACUACACAGGUACUCUUUCUGUGGAUGUCUACCUGACAGAUUAGGACUCUCCUAUCACCACGUACGCCUCUACGAGUAAACCGAAGAAAAGCGUAUAUCGUAAAUCGCACAUAGUACCCAGAGAUCCAUAGCUUAUCUUCUGACACGCAAGUUUACAUAGCUGGGAGUAUUAUGUAUACGUAUAGCCUAAGGAAUUUCGCACUAGCCAAAUCAGCGCUGAAGGAUCCUUUCCGUAGCAGGCUCAGGAGGUUCUUUCCCAAACGUACUGUCAGCAUGGAGCGUCGUGCCUAGAGUGUUGGGUGGUAAAGUGUAGUAACGGGCAUAGAGGUCUACCAAGUCUUGGAGUAAAAAGCCUGGCGAUUGGUUCGAGGUCCGAGGUCUGAUCCCUGACUACGAAAGCGGAGUAUUACAGUAGAGAGUUUGCCGUCGAAGGGGAUGGCUCGCUCUUAAUUCGUAGUGGGCCGUGUCGCGUGUGUCAACCACAUUGCCAAGGCUCUCUGUCUCCACUUGGAGCAGAGGAUCACGUCGUUGCUCGACCUGUCCCACAUUCCACAGCACAGUCCCAACUCGUGACACACGACCAGAAUUUAUCAAGGAGAACUUGUGAAGAAAAAAAAAGUGGUUGAGUCAAGAUGGACCGAUCCACGAGGACCAUUCUGCGCAAGCUGGUUAUAGACUUCCUAUGUCUUUUGAUUGUGGGCAUGGUGGUUCUGUACUUCUUCUUGUUCGGAAAGCCAUUCAAGCGGGGAUUCUUCUGUAACGACGAAUCUCUUUAUCAUCCUUAUGCAAAUUCCACGGUGACCAGUGCGAUGCUUUACAUCACUGGUCUCUUCCUUCCUAUAUGCGUGAUGAUAAUAGGGGAGUACGUACACUCCAAGAAGAGUCCUGGUCAGUCUGCUAUGGUAUUUUUUGGAUACACGAUACCACCCUGGAUAGUAAAGGCUUACUCCAAAAUUGGGGUCUUUGGCUUCGGUGCGAUAUCCACUACUCUGAUAACUGACAUUGCGAAGUACAACAUUGGCAGACUGAGACCGCACUUUAUGACAGCCUGUGUACCUAACGUCGAUUGUAGCCUGCCUGAAAAUCAGCACCGUUAUAUUGAGGACUUCACCUGUACGGCGACUAACGUCUCGGCGAGACUCCUGAAGGAGAUCAGGUUGUCCUUCCCAUCAGGACACUCGUCUUUCUCUGCUUACACGAUGGUCUAUCUUGCGAUGUACCUCCAACUAAGGUUCACGUGGCGAGGUAGCAGGUUGCUCAAGCAUUUUUUACAGCUUAUAUGUUUAUCCAUGGCGUGGUUCACGGCGAUGAGUCGUGUCUCAAAUUAUAAGCAUCAUUGGAGCGACGUCCUGGCUGGUUCUUCACUUGGGAUCAUCAUCGCCCUGAUAGUUGCUUUCUGCAUAGCGGAUCUCUUCAAGAAAAAAAGAGGUCCCUCGGUAGACGUCGACAAGUCCAAGGCGUGCGAAUAUGAAGGUCAGACAGAAAUGGAUGCGGAGGGUACACAGACAGAGUCUAGACCGCUACGAAGUGUUACGCCUACUUAUGGCGGUACCAUCACGCUUACAAGAGGCGCAUGAUUUAAAAAUCAAUCCGCUCGAUGCACGCCCAUUCCAAUCUUAAUCUAUAAGACCAUCCUGACUUAUUUAUUACACCAGUUUAGCUUUGCUAAUAAAAUCAUCUACAACAA